UCUCUACUGCGUUUACGAUGAUGCUCCUUAGUGUUACCGCUGCCUUGGCUCUCGCACAGCUUACCUCUGCUCACUACAUCUGGAACACAUUAGUUACCAGUACGGAGACAUCUACUGCCGCUGUUCGUAUGCCGGUCAACAACUCGCCUGUGACGGACGUCACUUCUCCCGAUAUUACCUGCAACGUGAACCCGACACCUGCGACAACCACUGUUCCUGUCGCCGCUGGUGCCAUGGUCGGGUUCGAUCUCGAUAACACCUUGUAUCAUCAAGGACCUUCCGCUAUCUACCUUGGCGAAGUUCCUUCUGGAUCAACGGCCGCUGAGUGGGAUGGGAGUGGCGCCAACUGGUUCAAAAUUGCUGAAUGGGGUGCAACCUUCGACCCGUUUACAUUCAUCGAUUUUAACGCAGCCGCGCUCAACACGACCAUUCCGUCCGACGUUCCCGCGGGUCAAUACCUGGUCCGCAUUGAGCAAAUCGCUCUUCACGUCCCCGGAGCUCCUCAAUGGUACAUCUCUUGCGCUCAGAUCGAGAUCACAGGCGGAGGCUCUGCCAACCCCUCGAAGGUGUCGAUCCCCGGAUAUGUCCAGCCAGACGACCCGGGCCUCACCGUUGAUAUCUACGACCCCAUUCCUACCGCCUACACGGUCCCCGGACCGGCUGUUUUCAGCGGCUGAGCGUCGGUACUGAAAAUCAGCCUUCCUGAUGGUGUUUCACCAAAUAUUAUGCAAGCCGUGCGAAAUCAAUUGUAUACGAGACUUUGGGACACUGUUUUGUCUGUGGCUGUAGCAAUAAAAUGCC